AUGAAAAAUAAGCCAGAACUUAUACAGAAAUAUGAUAAUGUCAUUCAAGAGCAAUUUACAAAGGGCAUCAUUGAAAGAGUAGAAACAAAAAGAGUAGGAAUUGUCCACUACUUACCUCAUCAUGCUGUUAUCACUCCACAGAAAACCACCACAAAAUUGAGAGUAGUAUACGAUGCCUCAUCUAAGUCAAAACAGAGCAACAAAAGUUUGAAUGAGUGUCUCUACAGAGGACCCGUAAUGUUACACGACUUGUGUGGUAUGCUUAUGCGAUUUAGACUACAUAAGAUAGCAUUGGUUGCAGAUAUUGAGAAAGCCUUUCUACAAAUUGGUUUACAGGAAAGUCAGCGAGACGUAACGCGCUUUGUGUGGUUAAAAGAUAUCAAUAACUCGAGAUUAGACAAUGAUAACUUACAGGAAUAUCGAUUUUGCCGCGUGCCUUUCGGUGUAGUAUCAAGUCCGUUUCUAUUGGGCGCGACCAUUGAAUAUCAUCUAGACUCCUAUAAUAGUGAGAUUGCAGAAAAAAUAAAGAAAAACAUUUACGUUGACAAUAUCAUUACAGGCACCGAUAACGCAAGCAAAGCAACAGCACUUUAUAAUGAAACAAAGAGAAUAUUUAACGAAGCUUCAUUGAAUGUGCGUGAAUGGAUAUCAAACAGUCCUGAAGUAAACAAAUCAUUUCUAGAAAAAGACAAAGCAGGAACCGAAUCUAUGAAAGUCUUAGGACAUGACUGGGAUGUUCAUAAUGACACUUUAACAUUUAAAUCAUGCUCCAAGAUUACAAGUAGAGAUAUCACUAAACGACUUGUUUUGAAAAGUUUAGCAACAGUGUUUGAUCCUUUAGGUCUUGUUUGUCCUGUUGUCCUUAGAGGAAAAUUGUUCUUGCAGGAUUUAUGGAAACAAGAGAAAGGUUGGGAUGAUUUAUUAUGUAAAGAAGACCAGACUAAAUGGAAAGUAUUGGAGAAAGACCUUGUAGAUGUUUCAAAGUGUUGUGUUCCAAGAUACGUAGGUUUUUCUGGCGAAAAUGUUGAAAAUCGUCUUGUGUGCUUCUGCGAUGCUUCUCAGAAAGCAUAUGCAUGUGUGAUCUAUCUUCAUCAAACAUCAGGGAAAGAUAUAAAUUUGAAACUUGUUUUUGCAAAGACCAGACUUGCACCAACAAAAACAUUAUCUAUUCCUAGACUAGAACUUUUAUCUGUUACAAUUGGAUACAAAUGUUUGAAAUUUGUGAGAGACCAAUUAUGUCAACAAGUUGAAAGUUCACAUAUCUGGACAGAUUCACAAUGUGUUCUUCACUGGUUACGAUCACAGAAACAAUUGUCUGUUUUUGUUAGGAACAGGAUUAAUCAAAUAGAUAUGUGUUCAGAUAUAUCUAUUGCUUAUGUACCAUCAAAAGAAAACCCAGCGGAUAUUGCUUCAAGGGGGACAACACCGUCAAAACUGUUGAGCUGUAAUUAUUGGUGGAAUGGCCCAACAUGGCUAUUAACACCAGAGAGUGAAUGGCCAAAUUUUGAACAAAACAUGAGCGAGACAGUGCAAAAAGAAGUUGAGGCUGAAAUCGUUAUUAAGAAACCAAGGAAAGAAACAAGUUUGUUGCAAACUACAUCAGUAAAAACUGUGGAAGACAUGUCUGUGAAUCCUUUAGGAAUAGACAUUACAAGAUUUUCGUCAUUAACAAAAUUGUUACGGAUUACGGCUUUGGCUCUUAAAUUUAUAAGAAAAUUGAAGAAAAACGUCAAUGAAAAGCAAUUUAUAACAGGUGGAGAAAUUCGUAAUGCAGAAGAAAUGUGGAUUAAGUCUGUGCAAAGAAAUUGGUACCAAGAUGUCUUUUACUCUAUCGAUCAUAAUAAAAGACAUAACUUACAAGUUCAGUUGGGUGUGUUUGUUGAUAAAACUGGUCUUCUGAGGUGUAAAGGCCGACUUGAAAAUGCUAGUAUUACCGUUGGAGCUCGAUUCCCGAUAUUACUGCCACAGAAAGACAAGUUUACAUGCCUUCUAAUUGAAAAAACGCACAAAGAACUUUUACAUUCAGGUGUUUCGCAAUGCCUUUCAACAGUUCGCAAUCGCUUCUGGAUUCCUCAUGGACGAGCAACUAUCAAAUAUGUGAUAAAAUUAUGUACAGUGUGUCGACGCCAUGAAGGUAGUCCGUAUAAAAUGCCGCCAAUGAGUCCACUACCCGUUUCACGUGUAACUGAAGCAUGUCCGUUUACAAAAGUCGGAAUAGAUUACUUUGGACCAAUUUUCAUUAAGACAGCUGAUGAAAAUCGAAAAGUAUGGGUAUGUCUUUUUACAUGCCUAGUCACCCGUGCAUUACAUCUUGAACUAGUUUCUGAUAUGACAACGUCAGAAUUCUUACUUUGCUUUAGACGUUUUAUUGCUCAACGUGGUACCCCUGUUGAAAUAAUUAGCGACAACGCUAAGCAAUUUAAGUCAGCAUCUUCAGUAUUAGAUCAAUUGUGGUCAAAUAUUCACAAAGACGAUGAAGUGUUGAGUUAUAUUUCAAAUGCUAAGAUAAAGUGGACUUUCAAUGUAGAGCUCGCUCCUUGGAUGGGAGGGUUCUACGAACGGCUCGUAGGAUUAGUGAAACGUGCUUUAAGAAAAACGAUUGGAAAGCGCCUGUUAACAAUGAUUCAACUUCAAACUGUUUUGAAAGAAAUAGAGUCUUUAAUAAAUUCAAGGCCUUUAGUGUAUGUGGACGACGAUAUCAAUUCCAACGUACCAAUUACUCCUGCACAUUUUCUUACUUUAAAUCCAAAAACAGGAAUUCCAAAUACAGAAAUAAGUAAUGACAGUGAUUAUAAACCUUAUACAAGUACUGGUGACAAAUUAAUUGAAAUUUGGAAAAAGGGUCAGAAAAUGUUGGAUACUUUUUGGAACAUAUGGAAAAAGGAGUAUAUAUUAAGUUUAAGGGAACGGACUCAAACGAAACUGAAAAGUGGGCGUGUUUCUUCACAAUUUAAGCCAAAAGUGAAAGAUGUUGUACUGAUAAAAGAGGACUCUCCAAGAGGAAAUUGGAAAUUAGGAAGAAUCAGCAAAUUGCUUAAAAGUAAUGAUGGAGAGAUUCGAGCAGCAAAAGUAGUUGUUUCUUCGGGAAAUGAAAUAGGUCGAUCACUUAACUGUUUGUAUCCGCUAGAGAUGUCAAAUGAUGAAGAUUGUGAUGAAUACAAAAUGAUAAAAAGUGAUGUACUUGUCAAAGAAAAUAGACCUAUAAGAAAGACUGCGAUUAAAGCUAAAGAAAAAAUAAAAAAGAUGAUAGAGGAUGAAAGUACUAUGUAA